GUUGUAGUUCUAUUUAUUGUUGAGUUUUUAUUUUUUAACUACUAUAAGUGAAUGUGUGCGUGGAAUUAGUUAAUAGUAUGUACAAUUGGAUGUUAAUGCGCACAAAAUGACGUCCAUCGAUAGUGUGCGUGUGCUGCUGCAGUCGCUGCCAGCAGCGUCUCCCUCUGUCGGCAACAACAACAACGCACAGCCAAACGAGUCGACGCCGGCAAAACUUGGCGCUGGUGCAACUCCAUUGCGCGCGAGAAACACACAGCUACAGCUGCAGCAGCAGCAGCAGCAACAACAAGCGCAACAACAACUGUUGUAUGGCACACCAGAGAAGUCGUCGGGUGGCGGGGCAGGCGGUGGAGCCAAGCAGCUGAGGGCGCCGGAGGAAUUUUGGCGUGAUCUGCAUCAGUUUCACGAGCGGCGCGGCACACCAUUGACACAGGCGGCCAAGAUCAGUGGCCAGCCUGUGGAUCUGUAUAGACUCUACCAGGAGGUGACGGAGCGCGGUGGCUUCAACAAGGUGAACAUGCGCGAUGAGUGGGACGAGGUGUACAGCGCGCUGGACACGCUGCGCGAGCGUUGUGUCAAUGGCACCGCUGGCAUUAAGCACAUCUAUCGCCGUUACCUGGACAAGUACGAGCGCCUUAAUUUCUUUGGCGAGGAUCCCGACAAACUGGAGGCCUUGGAGGCGGCCAUUGAGUGUGCGGAACUGGGCGGCAGCGCCAGUCGGGCACGCUCACGUGCCAUGGCCGGCGGAGGCGGGGGCGGUAGUAUUGGCCUUGCUGGCAGCGGACUGGGCAGCAUCUUUGGCAGCGUUCACUCCACGCUGACGGCCGUGCCCAUGGCGUAUAAUCAGCGGCAGCAUAUGGUUAAUGCGGAUCGCCGAAGGCAGUACAAAAUGUCCACACAGCUGCACAAGCACAGCAGCUAUGAGAAGCUGCUGCUGUCCCUAAUCUCACCGCUGCCCAAUGAGCAGGACUUUGCCAUCAAUGUAUGCACGCUGAUGGCCAACGAACCGCGUCCAACGCUGCAGCUGAGCGAGUGUCCCAAGCUAUUGGAUGUGCUACUGGCCCAUCUGGGCGUCUAUGCGGACUAUACAAUGCGUCAGCUGUUCCAGCACGGCCACAACACGUCCGGCGUGCAGGUGCGACGCCAUUCAAAGCUCAACUUCUGGCGGGAUCUGCUCUACGAUAAGCCACAGAUACUGGACCUGUAUACGGACGAACAAGCCUGGCUGGACAAUGGACUGAUCAGCAAGGAUGGCGACAACAUUGAGCAGCAUCUGCAGUCCGAUGACCUCGACUUUGAGCUGGACUUUUUGAAUCUGCGACGCAGUCACGGCACAGAUGAGCGCAUCGGGCAGCGGGUCCUGCAGAUUGUGCAGCUCUUGCGCAGCUUAAGCUUCCACCAGGAGAACGUAACCCAGCUCGCUGCGAAUCGCACACUGUGGAGGUAUCUGGUGAUGGGCGCCAAUGUGCGUUGGAGCAACAUACACAUCCAGGCACUGGAGACAGCUGGGAAUCUGGCACAGCAGUUUGAGCUGUUGGAUCCGGCGACGGAUGAGCUGUCCCGCAAUCUGUUGGCCACGCUGUGCGAGGGAAUCGAGUCGAAUGAUCGUGCUGUGAUCAUCAGCUGCCUGGAGAUACUCUACAAGCUGUGUGGACGCGAGGGCAACGCUCAGCAUAUUAAUCGCUGUCUGGGCUUGGAUUUCUAUCAGCGUGUGAUGCUCCUCUUGUCACUAACGGAUGUGAUGCUGCUGAUCUUCACGCUGGAGGCGAUCUAUGCACUGAGUAGUCUCGGAGCACGUCCCUGUUCCAUGUUGAUGCAGGUGCGUGGACUGUUGGAUCAGCUGGUUGCCUUGCUCACCGUGGAGGCGCAAUCCUAUGGCGCUGCUGGCUGCAUUCUGAUGCGUGUGGUGGAGGUGGUGCCGGGCAACAUAUUGCCCACAUUGGCGCAGAAUAUGCCCAGCAAUCAGUUGACCCAAAUGAUGACGGUCAAGCAGCCGCAAGCGACGGCAAUUGCUGCACUGCCUCCACCUGCGCCCACACAGGUCCAGGUGUUGUCUCCCCAAGUUGAGGCCAUUUCUCUGCCUGUUGCAGUGCCUGCUCCAGCGCCUGUGCCAGUUGCGGUCUCCCUGCCGGUGCCCAGCCUGCCGCAGGUGCAUCUGCCCGUGCCCAGCCUGCCGCAAGUGCAGCUGCCAGCUCCAGCUCCAGCUCCUCCGCCAGCAGUGACAGCCUCUCCUGCUCCAGUGCCUGCGCCCGUUGCUGUUGUGCAGGCAGCUCCAUUGCCUGUUGCGCCCUCCGCACCACAGAGCUUCACCCAUGACGAUGAGACCUACGCCCUGGCCUGGCUGGGAGCUACCUACGAGCGUGCCGGCAAUGGACACGAUUAUCGUGUGGAGCAGCAGGAGCUAUACACCAUUUAUCUAUCGCAUUGCCAGAAGGCAGGCAAACAUUCGGUGGUGAAUCGCUUGCAAUUCCCGCGACUGGUGCGCCUCAUCUUCAACCCCAGCGUGGGUCCAGCGAUCGUGCGUCAGGUGGACGGCACAGAUCUUCCAGGCACGCACUACAUAGGCAUCAGGAUGCGGGCACAGCCUCUGCCCAUGCAACAGCACAAGGCAGCAGCAGCAACAACCUCAACAACAACAGCAGCUGUCAAAAAGGAUGCAAACAAAGCGGAGCCAGCUGCUCCAGAGGCAGCAGAGGAGGCAACAGCUGCCACGCCCACACCCAGCUCAUCCUUGAUCAAGAGCUUACUGGCGAACAAAGUCAACGAGCGUCAGUUGAAGCAGAAGGCACAAUCCCAGCCACAACCACAACCACCUGCAUUGGUGGCCACUACCGCCUCAGUAACUGGGUCUCCGGCUGGUCAACCCAUCAAGGUGACAUCCACGGCGAUUAGUGCGUUUGUCAACAAUCCGCUGAUGCAGCAUACGCCUGUUAAGGUGGGUCAAACCACCAUUAAGCCUUUGCAUCCACAGCUGGCGCUGGAGAAGAAACCCCUGACAGAUUCAGCACCACCGCCAUUGGCGCCGUUGAGCGGUGCCAAUGUGCUGACCAAGGAUGCCCAAGGACGCACCGUAAUCAUACAAUCGAAACGCAAGCUCACCAUCGAUGAGGAGCAGAACAAGCGCCUGGCGAUGGACAACAGCAGCAAUGCAGCCGCUGGCAAGGAGGAGCCUCAGGUGACUCCGUCCAAGAAUGCGGCGAAUCUCUAUGCGGAUCUGGCUGCGUCCAUACUGGAAGAUGAGGAUAUGGAUGAUGUGCCGCCCCUGGCAGCCCAGUCCAAUCAGGAACAGCAGCAACCACAGCAGCAGCAGCAACAACAACAACCCCAACGACAGCAGCAACAAUUGCAACUAAUCCCGGCCAAAGUGCAGCCGGCACAGCGACAAUUGAUCUUUCCAGCAGGCAAUUCUCCUGCUCCGCCGCCUCAGCUCAAGUUGGCCACCACGGCGACCAUUAAGACGGAUCAGGGACUGCAAACGGUGCCGGUUAUACUACAGCAGAAGACGGAGCAGCAGCAACAGCAGCCGACACAGACGCAAUAUGUGCUGGCCACCAAUCAACAGGGACAAACCUACUUGGUGGCACAGCAAACGGCGCCUGUGGCAGCACCGGCAAGUGCACCUGCCACGCCCACGCUGCUGGUGACCCAGACGCAGCCGCAGCACAAUCAACAGACCAAGACGAUCAUCAUCCUGCAACAGCCGCCGGGAGUGAGCACAUCCAAUGUGCCAGGCACCCAGAAAGUAAUCAUGACCACGGCGCAGGGGCAACAGGUGUUGGUCACCACAACCACAGCUCCGGCGGCGGCACAGCCACGACCCCUUACCCCCGCACAGGGGCAGCAACAGCAACAAAUCUUUAUAAAUCCGCAACGCGCGGUGCCAGCUGCAUUGGGAGCUGGUCAAAUGUCGCCUUCACUCCUGUCGCAGCUCAAUCAAAUUCCGGCCACAAUUAAGCUGCACCAACCGCAACCCGCGCAGUCGCCACAGCAGCAGCAACAGUUGCAGCGGGCUGGCAUUGUCGCCACCAAAGCAGCUGCCAUCCCUCAGCUGCAGCAGCAUCAGUCCAUCAUACAGCAGCACAUAAUCUCGGGUCCGGCCACUGCAGGAGCUGCAGUUGUUGACAAGCGGCAGAUCCUCUUGGGCGGCAUUAAGGAGACCACACUCAUCACACAGACUGCCACAACGGCGGCGCCUCUGCAACAGAGUCAACUGAAUUCGCAGACUAUCAUAACCACACAACCGCCUGUUGUUGGUGCCGCCUUGCAGCAGCAACAGCAACACAUACGCAAUGUCCUCGAGCAGCAGCAACAACAUCAUCCAUCCAUCAUACAACAAAAGAUUUCGCUAACGGAGGCAGGCAAACCCAAAGUGGCGCCACCGGCUUUACCCAUUGCCAAGAAACAGCUGCCGCUGCCGGCAUCGCCCUCACCAAUGCAACAAGCACAACAGCAACAGUUGCCCGCGUUGAAGUCAACUCAGCAGUCGGUGGCCAGCAAUGAAUCCAUGAGCAAACCCACAACUGAAACUAAACCGGUUGAACAAAUUGCAACUGCAGCAGUUACCGCUUCUGCUCCACCUCCGACUGCUGUGCCGGCAACAACAACAACAACAACUGCAACCAGCGUGGUGAACAGCGCUAAUCCUGCAGCAACUGCAGCUGCUACUGCUGCCGUGUCCGCAGUUCCCGUCGAUGUCAAUUGGCUUUUCAUUUGCGAUUGGCGCAAUUGUCCACGUCGCAAGUUCAAAUCUCUCAACGAGCUGCAGCAUCACGUGUGCAAUGUCCACUGUCCGGAUCACUUGGAUGCGGGUGCCGAGAUCUAUUGCCAAUGGGGCAGCGGUCCCAGCCUGUGUGACAACAUUGCGCGGAAGCGUUACUCGCUGAUGACGCAUCUCGUUGAUCGCCAUUUGGCGCUGGAUGAUCUGCGUGCCAGCGUGCAACGUCGCCUGGCAACGGGCAUACACAAUGUGGCGCCAUCGCAGCCAACGGUGACCAUUGUGAGGAAUGCGGGAAAUGCUGCUUCAACAGCAGCUGCCGCAGCAACAACAACGCCCACUGCUGUGGGCACAUCAGCCUUGCAGGCAAUCAAACGUCACUCAGCCGACUUUCUCAACUCGAAGGAACUGAUGGACGAGAACGAGGGACCCGUCACAAAGAGUAUACGUCUAACAGCCGCGUUAAUACUUCGCAAUCUGGUCAACUACACGUCGACAGCCAAACGUGGCCUUAAACGCUACGAGCCACAUUUGGCCAAUGUGGCCUUUAGCAAUGUGGAGGCCAGCGGGGUCCUCUCCCACAUUCUGCACGAGUUGAGUCAGUAGAGUGGCCAGAAUAAAACUUAUUGUCUAUCUAUAUAGUUAUAGUUUAUAUACAUAAAUGUAUUUUUGUACUACACACUCGCUGCGCUGCUCUUAAACAUUAUAAAACAAUUAAAUAUACUAACGACACUAUUAAAUGUGAACAAAAAUGAAAUGCUAAA